AUGCCGUUCAAUCUGCGUACUUCUUUCAGUGCGUAUCUGAUUGUUUUGUUUUCCGCUAUUUGUUUUGUUAAGGUGUGGGGAUUUAGAAGCGUAGCCAUCGCACAGACCUCAAUGUCACUUCUUCAAGUAAGGUGUGCAAGCUCAAGGAUAUCGCCAAGUGACGGGUCCAUGUCGGUGCGUUCUUCUCAACGGAAUAAGGCUUCAUCGAAAAGGCGAAAGAGCGUCAGUGACGAAACCAUUAUUUCCAAAAGGACGGCUUUCCUGAAAUCGUGGCUUUUACACAAUGAGAAUGAGUUCCAUUCUUUUUCCAAAGACGAAGCCGAUGCCAUACGUGAAUCCCUGUUGGUUUGGUACCGGUCAAAUCGUAGAAAGCUGCCAUGGCGUGGGGAUGAACCUCCGUGGGGAGGGAGCACAAUAGCCUUCGCCGCCAAAGCAUCAGCAGUUUCUUCGAACAAAAAGCAAGCAUCUCUAAAAGAAUUUUUCGCAACGUCUGUAGUCAAUCUUUCAGCCACAAAAAGAGAUGAGGACGUCGACGCGCCAGAUGACCACAAAAAAUCAUUUCCAGUGACGGCAUAUGGCGUUUGGGUGAGCGAGAUUAUGCUCCAGCAGACACGAGUUGAGGCGGUCGUUCCGUACUGGGUCCGAUGGAUGAUACGCUUUCCAACUGUUCACGAUUUGGCUCUAGCCGAUGAAGACGCUGUGAACGCCCAUUGGGCCGGCCUCGGGUUCUACCGUCGGGCAAGACUCCUUCACUCCGCAGCAAAGUACAUUGUAAACGACUGUAAUGGUGCACUUCCUGAGAAUGUCCAGGAACUUUUGCAUCUUCCGGGAGUUGGACGGUACACGGCAUCGGCCAUUGCUUCUAUUGCGUUCAAUGUCAAUGUACCAGUAGUCGACGGCAACGUUUGUCGAGUUCUGGCAAGGCUGCGCGGAAUCGCAAACAAUAUUAAAGCUCCGGCUCUGAAAGACAAUCAUGGCUGGGAUUUGGCUGCCCAGAUUGUCUCUGCAGGGGACGGUUCAGCUCCGGGCGAAGUAAAUCAAGCCAUCAUGGAGCUCGGUGCGACAUACUGUGCCCCAGGCGGCACAGGGCUCGACGAGAACGAUCCGCUCAAAGAUUUUUACUUUUCAACUCGAAUUGGACGUGAAGUUUUGCGAGCCUUUGAUGGUAACGACUUGAAACAGAUUUCUGAAUUGCGUUACGCAUCUAGUAACGCUCAGCAAUGUUCGCUGUGCGCCCAUGGGGGAGUAGCCGAAGUUUUCGAUAUUCUUGAGGUCGAAUUGAGCAAGGCGUUAGAAUCGAAGGCCUCUGUCAGUCGAGAAAACAUCGCAAGCAAAUGUGGGCACUCUUCAUUCCCUCUGUCCCCGCCAAAAUUAGCAAAGCGCGAAGAAGUGUUGGCAGUUGGCGCCUUGAAGUGGUUAGGCCCAAACACGAUGGAGCCAGCUUGGUUGCUCCAUCGGCGACCAGAGAAGGGGCUUUUGGCUGGACAGUGGGAGUUCCCUUCCGUCUGUGUGUGGACGAGUGAAACCGUAAAGCCAAAAGGAAAGAGAAAAAACUCAUCCGAUAGAGUUCCUAUCGUUUCGGCAUGUGUUCGUCGGAAAGCACUCGAAUCCUUGCUUCGGGAUGUCGCAAGUACGGAUAAAAAAUUCCUGGACUGCUGGGCGUCCGCUAUGUCUUUGAAGCAAUGUCCCGUGGGGGAAGGUCCGAUCGAACACAUAUUUAGCCACGUACGACACACAAUGUGGAUCGAAUCUGUUGAUCUGUCGCAAGCGCUUUCCCUCUCUAUAAUGGACGGUGUCCAACUUGCCUGCGCAGGACGGGAGAUGCGCUGGAUGACCGAAUCACAAAUGAAAGAGGUAGGUGUUACUUCAGGCGUACGGAAGAUCUUGAAAUCUUUGGAGCAGAAAAAUCCCAAAAAACGCAAAAAUAUGGUAGAUUGAAUGGAUAUUCGCAGCACCAACCACUCUUGGUGUCGGAUGGUAAAGUUUAAAGCGUCUGGAUUUCAAAGUCGACGGAUGCAUUUGAAUAUUCGCAUGGGACUAGCCUUUUGCCUUGACGAAAUCCAAUGCUGAUAAGAACGCAAUCCGAGCUUUUCGCCUGACAAGAAAGACUCUAGAAAAUGCAGAGUUCGGUGCUUGACACUGAAUGUGACGAUGUGCAAGACGAUUUCCGUUGCAUUGAUGUUGUGCGACAGCGAUGCAAUUUAAUGCAAAAGCAUAUUUUUUUUAAGUCGUUUUCACAAUC